ACCGACGUCAUGGUUUGACCUCGUUUUUUCCGAGUUGUCUUGAAAGCACCAUUAAAGUAGGCGGUGCAAGUAGUAGAAGGUUCUGGAAGUUCAUCGCCAGGACGGGGGUGUUCUAAGUUAAACAAGGCCCUUUCUCUCAACGGCCGUCUAUUGUAACAGACUGUAACCAACAACAAUGGUGAAGGAAACCGGCUUUUAUGAUAUGUUGGGUGUUAAGCCCAAUGCCACACCAGAUGAGCUGAAAAAGGCUUAUCGUAAACUGGCCUUGAAAUACCACCCUGACAAGAACCCUACGGAGGGGGAGAAAUUUAAGCAGAUAUCUCAGGCAUAUGAGGUGCUGUCAGACUCCCAGAAGAGAGAGGUGUACGACCGGGGAGGGGAGAAGGCAAUAAAAGGAGGGGGCAGCGGAGGUGGCGGAGGUUUUGGAUCCCCCAUGGACAUCUUUGACAUGUUCUUUGGAGGAGGUGGCCGACUGCACCGGGAGAGAAGAGGAAAGAAUGUGGUUCAUCAGCUCACAGUCUCUUUGGAAGACCUCUUCAAUGGCGCCACGAGGAAACUUGCUGUCCAGAAGAAUGUUAUUUGCGAGCGAUGUGAAGGUCGCGGGGGAAGGAAGGGUGCGGUGGAGAUGUGCAUGUCCUGUCACGGCACGGGCAUGCAGGUGCGCCUCCACCAGCUGGGGCCGGGCAUGGUGCAGCAGGUGUCCACCGUGUGCGGGGGUUGCCAGGGCCAGGGCCAGCGCAUCAGCCACAAGGACCGCUGCAAGGCCUGCAGUGGACGGAAGAUUCUGCGGCAGAAAAAGAUUCUGGAGGUCCACAUUGGCAAAGGUAUGAAGGAUGGGCAGAAGCUAGUUUUCCACGGGGAGGGAGAUCAGGAGCCAGGACUAGAGCCUGGUGACAUCAUCAUUGUCCUGGAUCAGAGAGUCCAUCCCGUCUUCACCAGGCAAGGGGACAAUCUGAUCAUGACUAUGGAGCUGCAGCUGGUGGAGGCCCUGUGUGGUUUCCAGAAGCCUUGUCAAACUCUGGACAACCGAAGCCUCCUCAUCACCUGCCACCCAGGGGAAUUGAUCAAACCUGGCGACAAGAAGUGUGUCAUGAAUGAGGGGAUGCCCAUGCACCGCCGGCCGUUUGAAAAGGGACGCCUCAUUAUCCUCUUUUCGGUGGUAUUCCCCGAGGCCAACUUCCUCCCCAAGCACAAGCUGAAGGAGCUAGAGCACUACCUUCCUGCCAAGAGGGAAGCGGAGCAGCCUGAGAGCAUGGACGACGACCUCUACAUAUACACCGACCUGGAGGACUGCGACCCGGCCAGAGUAAGACGCAGCCAAUACCAUUACAUGGAAGAGGAUGACAACCCGUCCGCUGGCGGGGUCCAGUGCCAGACCUCAUAAGACCCCGUCACAUCACUCCAACCUCAACCCAGCCCCCUCUGGAAACGUGCACAAACCGCAUCUUACAUUUUAUUCUCUUAACUUACAAUGCUAACUGUGGUGCCGAAGCAGUCCUUUGGGCUGGAUACCCGGAUCUACGUUCCAAGGUGACUUGGCUGUCUUUUAGUUGGAUCGUGUGCCUGAGUGGAGGAAAUGGAUUUCUGGUUAAGUUCCUUAGAUGACCAGAAAUGAAGAUUCUGAGAUUUUGGAAGCGCUAUGGAUGCUGUCACUGACAUUUUAUAUAUAUAUAUAUAUAUAUACACACACACACACACACGCACACACCUCUGUCUGCUUUGAUGUCACGGUUAGUACCGUUUGGGAUUUUGUGGUGUCCAAAGGUCAUGAGAGAAGAUAGUUGGAAGCUAUAAUUAAUGUUGCCAAAUUGAAUCCUCACAGCGAAGAACCAUAGGCCUAUUUCCAUUUUAGAAUAAAUGUUUUUGUAUACCACAUCAGCAUAGUUUAGAAGAUACUUGCCAAUUAUUACACCAAUGUUUUUGUUUAAUUAAUUUUGAAUGAUGUAAUGAUAUGUUAUCUACAUUUCAUAAUGCAUAUUGACCUUUUUCUGGUUCUUCAUCUGUAGGAUUCAAUUGAAUCCUAUCUGCUGUAAUAUGGUAUACUUCGUUAUGUUCAACUGAUGAUGAGAAGUUAUUUACCCCAUUUUUACUAUCAAGAGUUGUCUUUUUAAUUCCUCAAUUCUUCAUGGGAAUUAGUCAAACUAAAACUUUCCAUAGACCUCUCAAGAAGUUCUGCUACUGGUAUCUAUGUGCUGUGACUGUCAUAAUUGUGUUGGGAUUAAAAUAAACUUAAUGGCUAGUCUUCUACUGCCAAGUUGAAAUGA